ACCGUUCGACCAAUCAGGGAAGCACAGAAGCGUUGACCUAUCGCAAGAUCCUCGAGAUAGUGGGAACUGCAGAUGCUGGAGAAUCCAAGAUAACAAGGCGGUCGAGCUGGAUAAACACAGCAGGCCAAGCAGCAUCUUAGGAGCAGGAAAAACUGACGUUUCGGGCCGAAAAGGGCCUAGGCCCGAAAAGUCAGCUUUCCUGCUCCUCAGAUGCUUCUCGUGGUCAUCCAGCUCUACACAUUGUUAUCACAAGAUCCCGUCACUUUACAAGAAAUUACCACCCAUUCAGCAAGAGACCUUUAGUAAAAGCUUUGAACUGAUAGUCGAUUAAUGAGAGAGAAUCGUAAAAACGCUAGUUACAGCGUCCAUCUGCAGAGAGAACACCCAACGCUUUUAGAUGCGAAUCUCCGAUUCCGUUUCAGCUGAAUUAAUUGGUGAAUUGAUUAUGUGAGACUGUCGCCGCUAAUUGGUCUCGCGGAUGAGCUUCCGGUUUUCGGUUGGUGUCUCUUCCUGUCUCCGGCCAUGACACUGAGGGCCUGUGGACUGAUUAUUUUCAGGAGGUUAAACACCGGAUUAGCUGCUAAGCCUCAGGACAUCGAGUUCCUACUUUUGCAGACUUCCUAUGGACAGCAUCACUGGACGCCUCCUAAAGGGCAUGUUGAUCCAGGUGAAGAUGACCUUCAAACUGCACUUCGUGAAACUGAGGAAGAAGCAGGGCUAAGAAGAAAAGAUUUUAAUCUGCUUGAUGGAUACAAAAAGGAAAUGAUAUACAAAGUGAAUAAUAAACCCAAAACUGUUAUCUAUUGGCUGGCAGAACUAAAGAACUAUAAUACAGAAAUAAAACUCUCUAAUGAGCACCAGUCAUUUCGCUGGUUAAAUGUGGAUGAGGCCUGUGAAGUUGCAAAAUAUCAAGAAAUGCAGGAAGCACUGAGAGAAGCUCAGCAGUUCAUCUCAUCAAACAAAUAAGACCAGGUUCUUUGCAAAUGAGCUGGAUUGUUAAAAUUGUUGAAGGCGUCUCCUCUACUUUGCUCUUGAAAUGACAAUACUCAAUACAACUGUUCACAUGUCACCAUUGGUCCUUCAUGUGAGAGCCUGCAUCUUAAAUAUUAGUAGGCAGCAAAAAGGAAGCAUGUCUGGCCUUUGUUUCACACACCCUUCCAAAUCCUAACCCUCACCCAGAACCCUAGUUUGGUGAUGGAAGGCAGAACUAAUUUGUAUUUAUAUACCAUUCAUUAAACUCAGCAUGUUCUAACCGA